UCAACAGGAAGUUAAUGUCGGCCAUUUUAACCAGGAAGCAUAAUUUUGUUGUUUUAAGUGCGAAACAGCUAAUUUCAAGGUAUUAGGCCAGUAUGGCCACUGGAGAGAAGAUCAGUUUGACAGAUGCUCUCCAGAAUGUUGAUGUCCUGGAUGAGUUGCCCCUGCCAGACCAGCAGCCGUGCAUUGAAGCCCUUUCCCUGUCCAUUCACUACCAAACCAACUUUGACACCAAUUUUGAAGACCGGUCAGCCUAUGUUACUGGGGUAGCUAGGUACAUCGAGGAGGCCACUGUCCAUGCAGACCUGAACAAGUUGCUGGAGGAAGGGAAGGAGUAUGCUGUGAUGAUCUAUACCUGGCGUUGCUGCUCACGAGCCCUACCACAGGUGAAGAGCAAUGAGCAGGAGAACCGGGUUGAGAUUUACCAGAAGAUUGUGGAAGUUCUCGAACCUCCCGUCUCAAAACUGAGAGACUUCAUGUACUUUCAGAAAAGAAUGAAAGAGCGAUUCUGCGGGGAAGUGAAGCGACUUUCACAUAAAGAAAAAAGGAAAGACUUUGUGUCCGAAGCUUACUUGCUUACACUUGGAAAGUUCUUAAACAUGUUCGCAGUUCUUAACGACCUGAAAAACAUGAAGGCAGCUUUAAGUAAUGACUACUCUGCCUACAAUAGGGCAGCCCAAUUUCUGAAGGUGAUGGCGGACCCGGCAACAUUGGAGGAGUCACAGAACCUGUCCAUGUUUCUGGCGACCCAGAACAAGAUAAGAGACGAACUCCAGAAGACGCUUCUCACCAUCGAUGGCUACGAGGAGCUGCUCGCGGACAUCAUCACCAUUUGCGUACACAUGUACGAGAACAAGAUGUACAUUGAGCCCAGCGAGAAAUACAUGCUCGUCAAGGUGAUGGCUUUUGGACUGUUUAUGAUGGACAAUUCCAACAACAGCAUCUACAAGAUGGACCAGAAGAAAAGGAUCAGUAUCUCCAAGAUUGACAAAAUAUUAAAGCAACUAGAGAUCGUGCCCUUGUAUGGCGAUAUGCAGGUAGCCCCGUUCCAGUACAUUAAGAAGAGCGCGAACUUUGACCCAUCAAAAUGGCCGGCUUGUGAGUCAAGCGCCCUUAGCCCACAGUCAAACAUCCUCGCAAAUCUGGAGCCCAUACGUGAGGACCACAUGUCCUACAUCAGUCAGCUCUCACGACACAGCAAUGAGUUUGUGAUAGGCAAAAAUAUUAAUAUUAAACAGGCAAUCACAACAACUCGCGAGAGUCCACGUACAGACGCAGAAAACAAAGACCUGUACGAGCUGGCAUUGAGGGGCCUACAGCUUCUUUCUGCAUGGACCCAGCAGGUCAUGGAACUGUACACAUGGAAACUGCUGAACCCAACAGAUCCCCACCAGAACCCGAGUUGUCCUGUAGAGGCGGAGGAAUAUGAGAGGUCCACACGCUACAACUACAGCAGUGCCGAGAAGUUUGCUAUCAUAGAAGUCAUUGCCAUGAUCAAGGGGCUGCAACUCCUCAUGUUGAGGAUGGAGUCAGUGUUUAUGGAUGCCAUACGUCGACACAUCUACGCCGAGCUGCAGGAUUUUGUUCAGCUUGUUCUCCGAGACCCUGUCAGAAAGGCUAUCAAGAAGAAAAAUGAUGUUAUUAAAGUGAUAGUAAUGUCUGUGCGGAACACAUGCGUGGACUGGCUGCGGGGGGUGGAGCCCAAUGAGGACCCGGCCAUGAAGGGCAAGAAAGACCCAGAGGAGGGCUUCCAGAUCAAGGUGCCCCGCAGGAAUGUUGGCCCCUCAACUACUCAGCUGUACAUGGUGAGGACCAUGCUGGAAUCUCUCAUAGCAGAGAAGAACACCGGCGGGAAGAAGACGCUGCGGAAAGACAUCGACUACCAGCACUUUCUGGCCAUUGAUAACUUUCACAAAAACUCAUUCUUCUGGUCCUAUUGCAUCAACUUUAAUGAAUCUCUACACAACAGCUGUAACCUAUCCCAGCUCUGGUUCCGGGAGUUCUUCCUUGAGAUGACCAUGGGCAAGAGGAUACAGUUCCCCAUAGAGAUGUCCAUGCCCUGGAUCCUGACAGACCAUAUCCUGGAGACGAAGGAAUCCUCUAUGAUGGAGUACAUUCUGUAUCCCCUGGACCUGUACAAUGACAGCGCCCACUACGCCCUGACCCUCUUCCACCAGCAGUUCCUCUAUGAUGAAAUUGAGGCAGAGGUGAAUUUGUGUUUUGACCAGUUUGUGUACAAGUUGAGUGACCAGAUAUUUGCAUACUACAAGCAGCUUGCUGCAAGUAUGAUGCUGGACAAGCGGUUUAGAGCAGAAUGUGCCAAUGCUGGGAUCGUCAUCGAUUUUCCACGUGCAAAUCGAUACGAAACCCUCCUGAAACAACGACAUGUACAGCUGCUUGGCCGAUCAAUUGACCUCAAUCGAUUGGUUGGGCAGAGAAUAAAUGCAGCUUUACAGAAAUCCUUGGAAGUUGCAAUCUCUAGAUUUGAAGGCGGUGACAUCACGGGCAUUAUGGAACUCGACGGUCUCAUAGAUUGUAACAAGCUCACACAUAAGCUGUUGAAGCAGUUUCUCACCCUGAAUGACUUUGACGCAAUGCUGCGGGAGGCCAACCACAACGUGUCUGCUCCGUACGGACGCACAACUCUCCAUGUGUUCUGGGAACUCAACUAUGACUUCCUGCCAAACUACUGCUACAAUGCUGCCACGAACAGAUUUGUAAAGACCAACUACACCUUUGUAGAGGCCAGUCAGAGAGAGAAACCACCAAAUGCCUCUCACCCAUACAUUUGGGGGACAAAGACGCUGACCUCGUCAUUCAGCUCCAUCUACAGUCAGUACGCAGGGUUUGUUGGUCCCCCACAUUUCCGCGUCUGCUGUCGUCUCCUUGGUUACCAGGGUAUCGCUGUCGUUGUGGAGGAACUGCUCAAAAUUGUCUCUGAACAGCUCACUGGUCCCCUGAUGAGGUACACGAAAAUCCUGAUGAGCAGCAUGCCACAGAACUGCCGUCUGCUCAGAUACGACUACGGAUCCCCGGGUGUGAUGGGUUACUACCAGGCCCAGCUUGCCGAGCUGAUCCAGUAUCCAGACAUGCGCACAGAGGUGUUCCAACUGUUCAGGGAGGUUGGCAAUGCAAUCCUCUUCUGCCUCCUCAUAGAACAAUCAAUGACCCAGGAGGAAGUGUGUGACUUGAAGCAUGCAGCUCCCUUCCAGAACAUCAUACCUAAACCAUUCAUACCAGCAAAAGAUGGCCAAUCUCGCAAGGAUAAAGAAGAGGAACUCAAGACUGUGAUGAAGCGACUGGAGGGCAAGUACCAGGCCUUGCAAGUGGUACCCAUCAUUGGCAAGUUUGGGAACCAGAAGCAAUCAAACAUAGCCCAAGAGGGAGACCUGCUCACACGUGAGCGCCUGUGUUGUGGGCUGUCCAUGUUUGAGGUGAUACUGAAACGUAUCCAGUCAUUCUUGGAUGACCCAGUCUGGCAUGGGCCGCCGCCCGCUAACGGGGUCAUGAAUGUCGACGAGUGUACGGAGUUCCACAGGCUCUGGAGUGCCAUACAGUUUGUUUACUGUGUGCCCGUUGGCGAGAAUGAAUACACCGUAGAACAACUGUUUGGAGAGGGACUUAACUGGGCAGGCUGUGCAAUUAUUGUGUUGCUAGGGCAACAACGGAGAUUUGAGGCUCUAGAUUUCUGCUACCACAUCCUGAAAGUGAACCGGGUGGACCAGAAAGAUGAAAACGUGAAGGGCAUUCAACUGAAGAAAAUGGUGGACCGAAUCCGCAAGUUUCAGAUCCUGAACAGCCAGAUAUUUGCGACUCUGAACAAAUACCUGAAGACCGGUGAUUCUGACGGCAUGCCCGUGGAACAUGUGCGAUGUUUUCAACCGCCCAUCCACCAGUCACUUGCUACCACAAUAUAGGUGGAUACAGACCUUUAAUGCUUGAUAAGACAUGUUUAUGACUUGACAGUAUAAAAACCAUUGUGUUGAUUAUAACCAUUGUGUUGAUUAUCUUGUAUUCAUCAGAAAUUAAUAGCCACUUGCCACCACCUUCUACGUGGAUACAGACCUUUAAAGCUCUUCUGAGACAUGCUUACUAAUUAACAGUAUAAUAAUCAUUGUGUUAAUUUGGAGUAAGAUUUUGCAUUCAUCAGUAUCCUUACAACCACCACCAUAUAGCGAGGGGCCAUGAAAAAAUGUUUAUGACUAAUCACUGUAAUAGUGAUGAUCCACCAGUCACACGCCACCUCCAUAUUGAGUGAUACAAACCUCAAUCACGUUAAGGAAUGAUUUGUUAACAAUUUCAAGUCUUAAAUUGAGUCUGAUCUGAUUUAUAGUAGAAUUUUUCUGAUAUUCUGCUUUAUAUCUCCAAAUGGAGAGUGUCAUGCUUUUUAAGCAAACUUGCCAAAUUAUUCAUAAUGGUAUUAACCUUUUUUCUGUGAAAAGGGUUGAAAUGAGAUUUUUCAGUUAAAUUGUUUAAAGGUUAAUGAUUUGACAGUAUAAAAUGAUAUUUUAGGAAGAUCUGUAUUUGUGACAAUUAUAAUUAGGUACCUCAUUUUAAUUGCAUUUUUUUCAUUGAUUACUACUAUUCCAUAUAAAUCUUACAUUAGCAGAAGUUGAAUGUAUGCACAUAUAUUUCUUUUUAUAUAAUUACUCCUCGAUAUAAAUCUUACAUAAUUAGAAAUUGAAUGUAUGUACCUGUAUUUUACUAUAUUAUUCCAACACUUGACAAUGAUAUAUAUGUGAAAUAGCUCAAAAACAGUCUUUAAUGUAUGCACAAUUGCAUAGAUUGCUGCUAACGGUAAAUGGCUUGUUUUUUAAGCGACCCAUAUUCUGUGAUUUUUGGGUUUGGUAAAGCAAAGUUCCUCAAAAUUCCUUAGGCCUCUAUUAUUUAAUCAUAGAUAAAUAUUUGUAAAAUCAUUAAUUUGCUAGAUUUUGAAUUUAUGAUCUGAUUAAUUAGUGAAAAAUUGCAAAGAUAAAACCUUCUCAAAAUUGAUCUAGUUUUACAUUUUUUAUUUGUCAUGUUGAUUGUCCUUGUAAAUGGUUUUUGGCAGUUGAUUUUUCGUGCUUCCAACAUUAACAUAAACCCAUUUAGAAUAUCAUAGACCCAUUUAGGACAUUGUUAACGCAUUUAAUAUAUUGUGAACCCAUUUUAAAUAUUGUGAACCCAUUUACAAUAUUGUGAACCCAUUUAAAAUAUCUUGAACCCAUUUAUGGUAUGAUGAAAGCAUUUGAGAUAGCAUGAACCCAUUUACAAUAUAGUGUACCCAUUUACAAUAUCAUGAACCCAUUUAUGGUAUCAUUAACCUAAUCAUGUCAUCAUGAACAGGGGUACAAUAUUGUGAACCCAUUCACCGUUCCAUGAACCCAUUUGGGAUAUUGUGAACCAAUUUACAAUAUCAUGAACUCAUUUACGAUAUCAUGGACCCAUUCACAUCAUCAUUAACCCAUUUAUAAUAUCAUUAACCAAUUACAAUAUCAUUAACCCAUAAACACUGUGGCAUUUUACUAAUUACAAUUAUGAUUUUCCAGGAUUUUAAUUGUUGAAUUCUUUAUUAUUGAGAAGUGUAUCUAUUGAAAUUCGCUAUAUUAUUAUUAUAUUAGUAUUAGUAUUAUAUUAACAAAUGUCUUUACUUAAGUGUUGUAAGCAUGACUUUUUGUCAGUAUAUUGAUAGUUUUAUUCACCAAUUAGAAGCUUAGAUAUAAUCAACUCCUACUUGCAUAAGGAUCUUUUUAUCAUGUACACAAUUAUGUUGUAUAAAAUUAGAUUUACUUCCUAAAGCAGUGCAAUAUUGUAGAUACUUGUACAUGAAUGAAUUAACUUCUUAUAUAAUUAUUCUGGUAUCUGACACAAAAAGGUGGUUAGACCCAUUUACAUUUGAAGUGUGUACCUCAAUUAUUUAUGCUAUGCAUACAUAUGUAGCUGAGUGUGUGAAAAACUGGAAGUGCUGGCUUUUUUUGCCGAUUUAAUGACAGCUUUGGCUUCAAUAAAUUAAUUAUUUGUAUGCUGUUUCCCGACCAACUCAAAAAUUCCCAAGACCUGAAAGUUUUUUAGCCUCUCUGGUGAUUGUAGGUUUUUUAUUUUUCAGUAAGGAAUUAAAGUGUUAAGGAAGUUAAGAAAUAAAAUAACCUACCUACCCACACCUAAAUCAUUGUUGAAUACCUCAAAUUCACUACUGCGCUAUGAUUCGUUGUGUACUGUGGGCUAGGAAGAUCUCGUAACCAUGCAUAGGUAAUUAGGCAGUUUCAUUGGCUCUGCAAUGAAACCUCUGGGGAAAUCUGACACUCACAUAUGGACAGACACUUGUUCUUAUGUUUUCCAAUGGCAAAAGCUCAAAAUGAACUUAUUCAGCCUGAUUACUACAACAUUUUAUUUUAGUUUGUUUAAACUUAUUUAAUUUUACAAUGAUUGUGAAACAAGCUAUUGCGAUUUACAUUAAUCACUCUUGUUUGCACGAUGUUGCACGAGAGUGUGGUCUUGUGUUGUGGUGGAGACCACCGGAGUACCCGAAGGAAACCGAUUUGUCCGAAAAAUUUCUAACCUGCCACUUAGACCACUCGCCAGCGUUGACAGCUGACAUUACAUGGUUACUUAAGAGUAUAUAAUUGUAACAUGCGAUUCCAUUGAAAGAAGAGUUGUCUCCCCUGCCUCAAGCAUAUUUAUAUAAACCAAAUAUUGCCAGUCAAUUUUCUCAUGGUUUGUAUGUAUUGUAACUGAAUAAGUACCUGGUUGAUGGCAAUGCAGCUAAAUAUAUUUAUAGGAAAACAGCUAACAAAUUUUGAUUAAUGGCGGCCUUUAUAUUUCAUUAUUAUAUUAUUCUUUUCCUUCCAUAAUAUAGAUUUUUAGCCUUAAAUGUAAUUACCAAUAAUCUUGUAAGAUUUCAUGUUGCAAACACAUGUUUGAUUGAAUAACAUAUAUUUUUUAAGACUUAAUUAUUAUUACCAACACUUAUCUGGUAAGACUUGUCUAUUGUACAACUUGUAUUUUACAAUGUCAUGUAAAAUUGCUAAAAUCUAUAGUUAUAAUCUGGAAUUCAAUUUUAUCUUGGAAUUCUAUGCUAUCUGUGUAAUUGAAACAGUGUGGGUUUUUGAGUGAAUCAUGAAUGCCUGGUUCAAAUAAACUGUCAUAAUGAAGAUAUUUGAAAACCCAUAAAAUAAUAAUUUCAAGUGUUAUGAUUGUUUUAUUGUCUUGUGUUAUGUUAGUUUAUUUUGAUCUGCAUGCAGCUUGUAUUAAAUGAAAUAAAACUAGAAUUAUGAUAAUGCUA